UUGUCAAAUUGAAGUGAAAGAUUUUAUGGAGGUCAUGCAUUGCAUUGCAUUUUUAUGCAUUUUACACCAAUUAUUGUGUGUCUAAUGCGACAAAUAUCAAUUAAACGCGAUAGUUUUCAGUGUAAUAUUAUGUUAUUCACCAGAUUUAACUGAGCAAAAGUGUUAAUCUCUCCAAAUUCUCUUUUCCCUGUGUUGUGUUGUCUUUCGCCAAAGUUUGUCUGUUUUGGCUAUAAAAUUGUAACAUAAUGGCAGAUCAAUUUUGUUUACGUUGGAAUAACUUUCAAACUAACAUUGUGAAUGCGCUAGAUUCAUUGAAGUGCUCAGAAGACCUCGUAGACGUGACACUCACUUGCGAGGGCAGGAAUAUCAAGGCCCACAAAGUGAUCUUGUCAGCUUGCAGCCCGUACUUCAGGAAUGUGUUCAAGGAGAACCCAUGUCAACACCCUGUUAUUAUCCUGAAAGAUGUGUUGGCUAAUGAUAUAGUGAGCUUGUUGUCUUACAUGUAUCAGGGGGAAGUGUUCAUUGAAGAAAGUAAACUGUCUUCAUUUCUCCAUACUGCUGCCUUGCUGCAAGUAAAAGGAUUAACAGGGGUGACACAACAGAAAGAGACUGUAACCAUCCCAAAUGCUUCAAACAAACUGUAUACUCAGUUAACCAUCUCAUCAAAGCCUCAAGUGAGUCAUCAAAAAGACGCAAAGUUACCAGGACUUAAGAAGAGACGGAGCAGUACUUCGGACAAACCCAACGAUGUCACCAUUGGGACCCACAAGAAAAGCAAAGUUCUUGACUCAAAUGAUAUUUACAACCUGCCAUACCUAUCCAAAGUUGUAGAUAAUCAAAUCAAUGUUCCUGAUAAUAAUAAUGUUGACAAGAAAUGUGAAACUAAAACUGAGUCUAAUGUACCGCUUGCCAAUGGUAAAAGCUCUGCAACCUCACAGAACAACACCCAAGGAGAACACAUACCCGUGACAGUGAAACUAGAGAGGCCGGACGAGACAGACUCUCCCGCACCACCACUGUCCGAGAGUUCCGAGACAGAGAACAGUCUUCCCGGCUAUGAGAACAGCAUGCUUGCCAGGUCUCUACUCUCAGGUAUAAACCCUUCCAAAAGUGACAACAGUGCCAAUUCUUCUUCCCUAAAAAAAGCCAAUAACAAAAUUGAGGUACCAUGCUCAGUGGGUAAAGAUACCGCAACCGAUACUGUACUCUACACCAACCAAGCUAACGCAUCCAAAAGUCCUAUGAAGACUGAUGAACCAUUAGUGAAGUCUGAAAAACAGUCACCAAAACCUGAAACAGAUUAUGAGCCCGAAGUGCUGUUGUCUGAGCAACAAGACGACAAUGACUCCGAAGGAGGUUACGGUUCAGAGCAGUCGCAGGCACUCAUGCUACUGGCUGGAAUGUCCUCGAUAAAUGUCCUUGCAGCUGGGGCCUCGACAUCGCAAGGGUUGACUCAUCAGCAAUCAAAUCAUGCAGCCAUAUGUGGAGACUGUCCUCACUGCGGUAUGAAAUAUUCGAACCAGUCAGCUCUGAAGUACCAUGUUCGACUGAUGCACUCGGAUCUCACUAACAGGCUAUGCUGCUAUCUUUGCCCACGCUCAUUCACUAUGCGUGAAACCUUCAAAGAGCACAUGUGGGCUACGCAUGGUCAGAGGAAUUAAACUGUUUAAUGUAAGACAUUGCCUGGUGCCUUCAAAUGUUCCUUAUUAAUAUAGGAGGCAGAUAUUUAGUUUCCGACAUUGUGAAGUAUGGGAGUUAAGUGCCUUGAGUAAUGUUGACCGUCCUAUGUAAUAUUCUGUGCUACACAGGACUAUUUGUAAAUUUGUGAUAGUAUGUUUUUUUUUUACAAAAAUGAAGAGAUUGGAUUCAGAAACUUUAUAUUGCGGAAGUAACUUCAUUGACUCCAGA